UCGAUUGCCGGCUACAAAAUAUAAACAAUCUUUGAUUUUAAUUUAUUUUUUAUUUGUUAUUUACAUGCGUAUCGAGUAGGCAUAUUCUGAUACGUCACUUUGACAUUCCCGUGUUCUGUUAUGUCAUUUCCAUUGUAUAGAAAUACAAUCCAAGGGGCUCUCAACACGGAAGCAACUGCCAAGACACAAGAAAACAUAUUCGAAAUCAAAUAACUCGUUAAAUAAGUUAACUAAUUGCUAGGCAUGUCUCUCUUUCCCGCCUAUGGCGGUGGCCAGUCCUCGGAGGCUGUGGGUGCGACAGAGACCGAGGAGGAGGAGGUGGCAACAACAAGCGCGGAUUGGCAAAAUAACGACAGCUACCACAGGAAACCCACAACCGAUGGGGCUUUAGCCGCUGAGGAACCAAAUCCGGACACCUUCACUUCCAGCGACGACUCCUCCACCGCCGAGGAGGAUGAGGUUGUGGUUGAGGCAGUGCCCAAGGCGGAGGAGCUGCCCAAGGCCAAGCCACUCGAGUUCGAUGGCAAAGAUGAGUUCUAUGUGGACAAGAAGAGCAACUCGUCCCUCUUGAACAUUUCCACACUGGCCAAACCAGCGCGACCACGCUACAAAAUUUGGAUGGGACGUCUCCGGGAUCGGCAGUGUGAUCCACGCUCUACGGAGGAUCGCUCCAAGCUAUCCUCAUCCUCGAAGAACAGUCGCUACACCAGGAAAGCCCUGGACAUCGAAGGGCUCGCCCAUGAGCCAAUUCUCAGGCUGCAGGAGCAGCUCAUCCAGACCAAGGCGCUCGUCCAGCGGGAACCACAGGUGCUGGACCACUGGCUGCACCUGCAGCGCCUCAUCAAUCUCAAUGUGUACAAGGCCAACCGGCUGGCGGUGGCGGAGGAAGAACUCCGCACCCUGGAAACUGCCCUGGAGCACCAUCCCUCCAAUGAGCGGAUCCUGCGGCUCUAUACGGACAUAGCCAACGCCACUUACCCGGCCAGCAAGGUGGCUGCGCGCUUUGAGAAAAUGCUGGAGAAGAACCCAUUCGAGUAUACCCUUUGGACAUCCCUAAUCAUGGUCACCCAAGGCAACAUGGCGCGUUGCACUGUGCCGGCUGUGCUGCGGAUCUACGAGACAAGCAUGCGCAGGAUGCAUGUGGGACACACCGAUGAGAUCAGCCGUAAAUUCGCCACCGUGGACACGGAUCGCAUAAUGCUGAAGCUGUUCCACAACUGUGUGCUAUUCCUGCGCCAAUCGGGAAACAUGAACAAGAUGUUUGCCCUGCUCCGUUUGACAAUGGAGUUGAAUUUCCCGGGACUGACUGUGGACUGCUUGGAGGCUUGUACCGCGAAUGAAAAAUCGCUGAUUGAAUUCGAGGAGAUAGUGCUGCAUUCGGGAAUGCCGAUGCCGGAGAUCUGGACGCGAGUGGAGCGCCUUCGACAGGCCUACUGCUAUCUGCCCUAUCCGCAAUUGGUCCCAUCGGCAAAGGAUCAGGUGGAAAGGGGACUGGAUAGCCAACGAUGCAUCUACAGCGACGACGUUGUGCCAUAUGCACAUGCCCUUAAGUCGCCGGAAAAUCGCUUGCACCUGCUACUCCUAAUUGUUCAGCACACGAAGAUGCCGCUCGUUCGCAGCUCCUGCCUGGCUGCCAAACUAAAUCCGUGCAUUGACGAGUUUGGCGAGUCCGAGGCCAUCGAGAUGCUGUUCGCUGGCUUGGCGGAUAGACACUCCUAUGUUUUGCCUUCAGCCAGAAAUGUUGGCUUCCAUGCAGCCUUAAUAAACUUGGCCAAGGAGAUGAGCGUAACGCCCAGCUUCAUGCCGCACUUUAUGGGCCACGAACUAUAUGCGGUCACCGUCAGCGGACUGUUGCUUAAGUGCAGCGAAGCCUUCAGCACUGAGGAGAGCAAGCGUCGGGUGUUCCUGCUCUUGUGGUUGAGAUUCCAGCGACUCCUUGUGGUGCUGAACAAACUGAUGGGCAAACUGACCAAGGCCUAUAUGAAAGUGACACGCGAUCGGAUUCGCAACCAGAUGCGUUUGCUGGAGAACCGUCGGGUCUUACGUUUCUACACGGAGUUGGCCAUGUGCGAGUUCGAGGGCCUAGAGCAGGGCGAAGAUGAUAGCCGGGUCUUCGACAUAUUUCGCAAGAUCAUCGCCGCCGAAUCGGAGACAGGCAGCCAGUUCGCUUGUCCGGACUUGAUGCAUGCCUAUUUGGUGUGUGCAGAGAUGCUUAUACAACGCUCUCGAAGGGAUGAGGCAAUCCAUGUGCUCAGCUGUCUGUCUACGGGCCAAUACGCCGGUACAGGCACAACGAAUGCGGCGUUACCUGGUAUUAGGGCAUGCCUGGAGAGAGGACUGGAGUUGCUGAAGGAGGAGGUGAAAGCCCUCGACACACUGCCAGCUGAGAUGCCCUUGGAAGAGUACUUCCUGCCCAACAAACUGCUCAUCCUGUUGCGCGCUAGCUGUUUGCUUGGGAUGCUGGACUAUCGCUACUUGGAGGUGGAAAAUAUGUUUGAUGAGUUGCUGCAGGAUCAACUUGGCCCGGAGGCCGCAAAGGUCAGCGAGCGGCGACGUUUUCUCCGCGAGCAGGUCAUGGAAAUAAAGAUCCUGCAGCUGCAGUUGCCUAUCCCCCCACCUGGCGAGCUGGAGAAAGUGUACCAUGAGAAGAGAAGGACCAACCGCCUGACGCUUGGGAACGUGCUGCUGGUUCAGUUGGUGGAUCGCGGACUCGAUGAGUUCCCGCGCAAUAUGAUGAUGCUCCAGACUUGGGCCGGAUUUCAUACGAUGAUGUGGCACAAGCAGCGCGCCCGCAUUAUCCGCACUAACGCUGGCAUUGUCUCACUGCUGCACUUGGUCAUUACCGCCAAUAGUCGCUUUGCGAGCACAGGAGACGAGGAUCCACUCAUGGCCGCCAGAGAGCCCUUCAUACAGGCGGCGGUGCGCAAUCGUUUGCUCAGCAUGUUUGAAACUUUUCUCUCGACCAACAAAAACCGCUCGGAGAUCGAGGCGGAGCAGUAUCGCGUUCUGCGCAGGAACUCGAUCUACUGGCGUCUGUACCUGAAGUGCCUUUCCGAUACGAGGACCAGCUUCGAGCGCAGCAAGAUGGUUCUGCUGAUGGCCAUUGACGAGUGUCCCUGGGACAAGGCUCUGUUGAUGGAGGGCGGCACUGUUUUGCCGAAUGAACUGCCGUUCCUGCAGGACCUCAUGACUGAAAAGGAGAUACGCAUGUACGCUCUGCCCGAAGAGCUGGACAUCUUGCGCAACUAGCAACCGGACUGUUUUUAGAAUUCUUACUGUCUAUAUAUAUAAUUUGUUUACCCAUCCUAGUCUAAUUGAACUAGUGUUAUUAAAUUUGAUACGCUGAAAAACAAUGAAC